AUGUGCAAGGUCAUCAACACGGUCCAGUCUCUCGCCUCGCUGCGCCGCGCCGUGCGACGGUGGUGCGACCGAGCGGCGGCCUCGGUGCGGCCCGUAAAGGACAUGCUGGACGCCGCCGUGCCGGCGGGGCACGUGGCCGUGCGCGUUCGGGGCCGCGGCGACGGGGAGUCGUCGUCGAGGCGGCUCGUGGUGCCGGUGGCGCAGCUGAGCCACCCGGCGUUCCGGGAGCUGCUGCGCCAGGCGGAGGAGGAGUACGGCUUCCCGUCGGCCUCCGGGCCCCUCGCGCUCCCCUGCGACGAGGACCACCUCCGGGACGUCCUCCGCCGCGUCUCGUCGUCUGACUCCGAGGAGCGCCGCUCCUGCAGGCCAGUAGCACUGCGCGCGCUCCCAUGCCGCGGCGCCGUGCCAUCCAUGGCGACGACGAGUGCGCGCGCUGAAACCGGGCAAGACUUUGCAGACUCGUGA